UGUCGUUGAGUGAGAGCAACCGGACUCUCCGGCCUCUCAGACGGUUAGAUGCGAUAACCCAAAAAAUAUCAGCAUUAUUAUUCGUUUUGCCUUUUGCUUUGGCACCCUACUUUGAUCGCGACGAGAUAACGGAUCAUCAUCGCUGCGUAAUUUCUUAGAAAUCACCAUCUACCGAUACUUCACUGCAACAGAUCCAAUACAGAGCUUCUAGCCUUUUUGGCUUCACAGAGAUCGAUAAUCUAUGCUUUCUGGCACCAAAUUUAACAGGCUUGAUGCUGGAUGAGUUACGUUCAUGAGAUGGGCCAAUUGAAUUAUGUUCGAGAAUAAUUUUGGGAGAACAUUGGAUUUGUUUAUUGGGAAUUGAAGGAACUUUGAUUUUGUUACAGAGAAUUUUUCAGCUGAGAUGGGGGAUGAGUUUUGAUGUGGGUAGCAGAUUGUAAAGUAUUUUAUUUGGAUAAGAAAGACUUUCACAACAUCAAAACUUUCAUUUUAAUAACAGGCAAUGGCGACUCCGGUUGAGCCUCCAAAUGGAGUUAGAAUUCAGGGGAAGCAUUACUAUUCUAUGUGGCAAACCUUGUUUGAGAUUGACACGAAAUAUGUUCCCAUCAAGCCGAUUGGCCGAGGAGCUUAUGGAAUCGUUUGUUCCUCGGUGAAUAAGGAAACCAACGAAAAAGUUGCAAUCAAGAAAAUACACAAUGCUUUUGAGAAUCGUGUUGAUGCACUGAGAACUUUACGUGAACUGAAGCUCCUUCGCCAUCUUCGAAAUGAAAACGUCAUUCAGUUGAAGGAUGUAAUGAUGCCUAUUCACAGGAGAAGUUUCAAGGAUGUAUAUCUGGUCUAUGAGCUAAUGGAUACGGAUCUGCAUCAAAUUAUUAAGUCUUCUCAAGCACUUUCUAAUGAUCACUGCCAGUACUUCCUAUUUCAGUUGCUCCGGGGUUUGAAGUAUCUCCACUCAGCAAACAUUCUCCACCGUGACUUGAAGCCUGGUAAUUUACUUAUAAAUGCAAACUGUGAUCUAAAAAUUUGUGAUUUUGGGCUUGCACGCACUAGCAAUGGCAAGGGCCAGUUCAUGACUGAGUAUGUUGUUACUCGCUGGUAUCGAGCUCCAGAACUACUCCUAUGCUGUGAUAACUAUGGCACAUCCAUUGAUGUCUGGUCUGUUGGAUGUAUCUUUGCUGAGCUUCUUGGCCGGAAACCUGUCUUUCCAGGCACAGAGUGUCUCAACCAGCUUAAACUUAUCAUCAACAUCCUCGGCAGCCAGAGAGAGGUGGAUGUUGAAUUUAUUGAUAACCCUAAGGCUAAGAAAUACAUUAAGUCACUUCCAUAUUCCCCUGGUACUCCAUUUUCUCGCCUUUACCCUAAUGCCCAUCCUUCCGCAAUUGACCUGCUUCAGAAAAUGCUUGUUUUUGACCCGUCAAAGAGAAUAACUGUUACUGAAGCACUCCAGCACCCUUACAUGUCCCCACUUUAUGAUCCCAACAGCAAUCCUCCAGCCCAGGUCCCUAUUGAUCUUGACAUAGAUGAGGAUUUAGGGGAAGAGAUGAUACGGGAGAUGAUGUGGAAUGAGAUCCUCCAUUACCAUCCUGAAUCAGGUGCAGCCAAUGGGCAGAUGUGUGCCUGAUCUUGUCACAAUAGGUCAAACUGCGGAAGUUUUUCUUAGUCGUAAGUUUUUUUUUUUUUUGUUUUCCCUUUUUUGGUGCUGUCCCUCUUGUUCUAAUAAUAUCAAGAAAGCAUGCACCGGUCAUGCCACUGAUGCAUGAUUGACUAACUUAUGUUUUAAGGGCUUGGUAAUGAGCCUGAGCUCUGAACUUUAUGUGGCCCUUUAUAGUUUCUGUACAUAGAUGCAUCCAAGUACGUUUGUAAGAGUAUGAGAAAACUUCUGUUGUAUGUUUAGAAUAUAUAAAUCAAUGUAUUGUAACGGUGUCGUGUUAACCAA